AAUUUGUGGUAGGGGAAGCGAGUUUGGAGGUUAAAGAAUUCAGUAGUUAUCCUAACGAUCAGCUGUUCUCUUCGCGGAAACAUGUUGUGCUAAAUCGAUUUAAAAAGAAUAUCUAUUUAUGAAACGUACUUAAAUCUAUUGCUGCCGUGGAAGGUUAUAAGUUCAUAGUUCAUGUUGAUUGAAUCGGUUUUGUGUGACCCUGAAUUAACAUUAAAACACUCAGGUAACGAAAACUUACACAAUGGAUACGACUAAAAAGUACGAUAAUCCAAGUCCUGAAUCCAAGGCCAAUAUCUUGUCUAAAACAUUCUUUUGUUGGACAUUUCCUCUAUUUUACUACAGUUAUAAAAAUGAUCUCGAAAUUAAAAAUCUUUAUAACACACAAUCUCAGGAUCAAUCAGAACCAUUGGGCAACUUAUUGGAAAGAAAUUGGAAUAAAGAAUUAAUUAAGGCAAAGAAAACACAUAAAAAACCAUCAUUAGGAAUGGCAAUCGUAAAGACAUUUUAUAAGUCGUAUAUGCUUUGUGGAGUUGCUCAUCUUAUCAUCGCAGCAGCACUUCGCAUAUUUCAACCAGUUGUCUUAGCUGAAUUUAUAAGAUACUUCGACAUUGACAGCCCUUAUACUAAAUCUGAAGGCUGGUGUUUUGCUAUUGCUGUUGUUUUUAUGUCCUUCUUAAAUACAAUCUUAAUACAUAAUGUUGUCGUUUAUAGUCAUAGAAUUGGGAUGUGGUGUCGAAUAGCUACUUGUUCCUUAAUGUAUCGAAAACUAUUAAAAUUAAAUAAAACGUCUUUGGGUAAAACUGCUGCUGGUCAGAUUGUAAAUUUAAUGUCCAACGACGUCCAAAGAUUUGAUUUAGCUGCCGGGUUUUUACAUUACAUUUGGAUAAUGCCAAUACAAGCUAUUAUUGCGGCUUCUGUUAUGUAUAACAGUGUGGGUUAUUCUGCUUUAAUUGGACUUGCAGCGUUAUUUAUUCAAUCGUUAGUACUUCAAGGUUAUUUGUCGAAACUUCAAGGAAAAUUGCGAUCAAAAAUAGCAACAAGAACAGAUGCAAGGGUAAAAUUAAUGUCCGAAAUUACAUCUGGUAUACAAGUCAUAAAAAUGUAUGCCUGGGAGAAGCCAUUUGAUAAAAUGGUUCAGCUAUGUCGAAAGUUAGAAAUAAAAGCCUUAACUACAACUUCUUACAUAAGAGGAAUAACUGUGGCCUUGAUGGUAUUUACGGAACGUUUCGCUUUAUACUUAACAUUGAUAAUCUACGUACUUAUGGGUAAUCCCUUAAACAGUGAUAAAGUGUUUUCACUUUCCCAAUUUUUUAAUAUAAUACAACUUUAUAUGUCGAUAUUUUUUCCAAUGGGAAUAGUUAUGUUAGCAGAGUCCAAAGUCUCAAUACGUCGAAUACAAGAGUUCCUGUUACUCGAAGAAGUACAACAAUCAUUAACUUAUACCGACAAAUCGUUUCCAGAAUCUAAAGGAAGUAUAAAAAUAAAAAAUGUUAAAGCGAGUUGGAUUCCAAACCCUAUAAUCGAUACUUUAUCAAAUAUAACGUUAAAUAUUAAGCCAGGAAGUUUAACGGCUAUCGUUGGAACUGUUGGCUCUGGAAAAACAUCUCUUCUUCAACUUUUACUUAAAGAACUUUCUCCGGGGAAUGGAACUUUAGAAAUAAACGGCGAAAUAUCUUACGCUUCCCAAGAACCUUGGUUGUUCAGUUCAAACGUAAAAAAUAAUAUCUUAUUUGGACAAAAAUUUAUACAAAGUACUUACACUAAAGUUGUUCGAGCUUGUGCUUUAUUAGUUGAUUUUGAUCAACUUCCUCAAGGCGAUAAAACUUUAAUAGGCGAAAGAGGAGCUUCUUUAAGCGGCGGACAAAGAGCUCGAAUUAAUUUAGCACGUGCCGUUUAUCGACAAGCUGAUAUUUACCUUUUGGACGAUCCAUUAUCGGCUGUUGACGCCCAAGUCGCUAACAAAUUAUUUAAAGAGUGCAUUUGCGAUUAUCUUAAAAAUAAAACUAGGAUUUUGGUAACCCAUCAAUUGCAAUUCUUAAAACACGUCGAUCAAAUUAUUGUGAUGAAUAAUGGCCAAAUUGAGAGGGUUGGCACUUUUAAGGAAUUAUCCGAGAAUGAAUUAGCUUAUUUAAGACAGGACACAAAUGAUGAUGUUUUAAAUCAAACUCCUCAUAAAGAAGUUGGUGUUAGAAAAAGAUUGAUUUCAGGUAGAUCUGAAUCUAGUACAACAGAGCAAGAUGAAAAUGAUAACGAAGAACCCCAAGAGACCCAAGAAUUAGUAGAAAAAGGCGCAAUCUCGUCGUCAUUGUACAAAAAAUAUUUUAAAGCUGGAGCUCCAGUAAUAGCCUUAAUAUUUUUUGCUAUUUUAGUUAUAAUAUCCCAAGCAUUUGUAAAUGCUGGUGAUUUAUGGUUAACUCAUUGGACAAACACCGUCGAAUCUCAUAGAUUAACAGCAAAUAAAGCAAGAAAUGAUUCUUUGUUGGAAGAAGAUUCAACAAAUUCUACUGUAGAUGUUCCAUUAAUUCCAGAAACCAAUAUCUCGUCAUCUAACGUUUCAUUCAUACAAUCAUUUAUACAACCGGCAAAUUCCCCAGAUCAUAUAGACAACGAAUACUAUAUAUUAUUCUACACUUUUUUUAUCGCAAUGUCCAUAAUAUUAACUACAACAAGAUCUUUAUUGUUUUUUAAAAUUUGUAUGCGAGCAUCAAAAAGGCUACACGACUGGAUGUUUUCAAAUCUUCUCCAAGCCACCAUGAGAUUUUUUGAUACAAAUCCGUCCGGAAGAAUUUUGAAUAGAUUUUCAAAAGAUAUGGGAGCAAUUGAUGAAACUUUGCCUAGAGCUAUGCUGGAUGCUAUUCAAAUAUUUAUGGUGAUGUCUGGAAUAUUAAUAAUGGUUUGGAUUUUUGUUCCUUGGGUGGUUGUACCUAGUGUUCUAUUGGGUUCCCUUUUCUUGUUCCUGCGUAUAGUUUAUUUAAGAACAGCUCAAGAUUUAAAGAGAUUAGAAGGAACUAGUAGGGCACCUGUUUUUUCCCACGUAUCAGCUUCUUUAUCUGGCAUAACUACAAUAAGAUCAUCUAAAGCACAAUAUAUGGUAGCAAAAGAAUUUGAUACUCUUCAAAAUGGACAUACAAACGCUUCAUACCUUCACAUUGUAACAAUGCAAGCAUUCGGUUUUUAUCUAGAUUUAAUUUGUACCGUUUUCUUGGGAGUAUUAGCUUUUCAGUUUCUUAUUAUGGAUGAUGGAAAAACCCCACCGGGAAAUGUUGGUCUGGUAAUUUCCCAAUCAAUGAUUCUUGUUGGUAUGUUACAAUAUGGAAUGCGUCAAACUGCUGAGGUCGCGUCUCAAAUGACCAGCGUUGAAAGAGUCGUUCAAUAUACAAAUAUUGAGAAGGAAGGUCCGUUUGAAUCUCCACCAACUAAAAAACCUGAAUCAGCUUGGCCAAAAAAAGGGGAAGUUCGAUUUGAAAAUCUUUACCUGAAGUAUUGUGUCGAUGAAGAACCAGUUUUGAAAAAUUUAAAUAUAAAUAUUCAACCAGGCGAAAAAAUUGGAAUUGUUGGACGCACAGGAGCUGGUAAAUCUUCACUGAUAAGUGCCUUAUUUCGAAUAGCUCCAUUUGAUGGUCAUCUUUUUAUUGAUGACGUAGAUACCAAAGAAAUAGGUUUACAUGAUUUAAGAACGAAAAUAUCGAUAAUUCCACAAGAACCGGUCCUAUUUUCAGCUACUGUGAGACAUAAUUUAGAUCCAUUUGAUAAAUCUGACGAAGCAGCACUUUGGAAAGCUCUUGAAAAUGUGGAAUUAAAAGAUGGGGUUGAAACAUUAGAACAGCAAGUAACAGAAGGUGGUACAAAUUUUAGCGUUGGACAACGACAAUUAAUUUGUUUAGCAAGAGCGAUUAUCAAAAAUAAUAAAAUUCUUGUAUUAGAUGAAGCAACAGCAAAUGUUGAUCCACAAACCGAUGCUUUAAUUCAAGAAACAAUCAAACAAAACUUUAAAGACUGCACUGUCUUAACAAUAGCCCAUCGUUUGAAUACAAUAAUGGAUUCUGAUCGUGUUUUAGUAAUGGAUAAUGGAGAGGCUGUCGAAUUUGACUCCCCUCAUUUAUUGUUAGAGAAAGAUGGGAAUUUCAGCGCCAUGGUUGAAGCAACUGGUAAAACCAUGGAGAACAAACUCAGAAAAAUUGCCAAAGAUGCGUACUUAUUAAAAAAAAGCUCAGGUAGUAUUAUGGAAGAAAUUCCAUUGGAAAAUGGUCACGUUAAGUCUAUCAUUGAAAAUAAUACGGAAAAUGAGAACGAAAACAAAGAUUGAAAUGGUACAAAAAAUACAUUGAAGACAGAUCUGAUUUAAUAAACUUAAAUUGGUUGUUUUUUAUACUUAAUUAUUUAUAUGUUUAAAUAUUUAUAAGUAAAUUGUAACAGAUUAUACUACAUUUCUUGUUUUGUAUUUAAAUGUUCUGUAUUUGAUUUAAAUAAAAAUAUUUUUAAAUAAAA